AUGGAGAUAGGACGCUGCGACUUGCAGAGCAACUAGGACCCAGAAAUCGCCAAGCAGACCUAAGCAAAGCCACUGCCUUGCGUUGCCUCCUUCCAUAUCUGCACGCCCCCUUCAUCCAGAACUUUUUUUCUCUUGACUCCUUCCAUGGAAGACUCGACCCCCCUGAAACAAAAAAUACAACACCAAGAACUUGGGGAAACAGGGCGGCCGUGGGAAGAAAUGGUAACAGCCUCCCAAGAUCCUGAACCUGGGUUAUCCGAGGCCUCAGAGUCGGAGCAGGGGCCGGAAACUGGACCCCAGCCCAGGAGCAGCCCUCCUGGGAUCCCCCAAUCUGGAGCCAGCACGCCUGUGGAUGACCUCGUAGGACCAGGUGUGUCAUCUCCACCUUCCCCAUCUCAGGAGCCCUCUUCCACUCCUUCUCCCCUGGCUCUGGCCGUGCAGGACCUUAUGGCACCAUGGCAGUCAGACAAGACCACUAGUGUGAUUUCUGAAGCUGGGACACCUCACUUUGACCAUUUGGAACAAUCAUCUGAUAAAGGAGAAUCAACUCCUCAUCAAACAUGCCAAUCAGAGGGAAACACUUUUCAUCAAUCUCAGCAAACUAAAUGUCACCUGUAUGGACCGAGGGAUGUGAGCUACAACAACUCUAAACGGAAAGAGCUGAGAUUUGACAUCUUUCAAGAAGAAGACUCAAACAGUAACUAUGAUCUGGAUCAGCCUGAGUCUGGGGCUUCUGAAGUGGCCCCCAGCAUGCUUGAGAUUGCCAUUCAGAAUGCUAAGGCUUACCUACUAAAGUCCAGUAGCAAGUCGGGCUUAAAUCUAUAUGAUCAUCUUUCUGAAAUGCUGACCAAGGUCUUAGAUGAGCGUCCUGAAAAUGCUGUGGACAUCAUUGAAAAUGUUAGCCAAGAUGUGAAGAUGGAACAUUUUAGUAUAAAACUGGAUACACUCCAAAAUGAGAAUGAGAUGCUUCCAGCCUAUGAAAUAGCAGAGAAGCAAAAAGCUCUUUUUCUCCAGGGAAAUUUAGAAGGAGCUGACCAAGAAAUGGAAGAUGAAAUAGCAGAACACUCUCUUCCAAAUGUAAUGGAGUCAGCUUUUUAUUUUGAACAAGCUGGAGUCGGUUUGGGCACUGAUGAGACUUAUCGCAUAUUUCUUGCCCUCAAGCAGCUUACUGACACCCACCCAAUCCAAAAAUGUCGUUUCUGGGGUAAGAUCUUAGGUCUGGAAAUGAAUUAUAUUGUAGCUGAAGUGGAAUUCCGUGAGGGAGAAGAUGAAGAGGAGGUGGAAGAGGAAGAUGUACCUGAAGAGUGGGACAAUGGAGACAAUGAAGCUGAUGAAGAUGAAUUACCAAGGUCCUUUUACAAGGCCCCACAGUCUAUUCCAAAGGAAGAAAGCAGAACAGGUGCCAACAAAUAUGUCUAUUUUGUUUGCAAUGAACCAGGAAGACCAUGGGUGAAGUUACCAGCAGUUACACCUGCACAAAUUGUUAUUGCAAGAAAAAUCAAGAAAUUUUUCACUGGGCGAUUGGAUACUCCCAUUGUAAGCUACCCAGCCUUCCCAGGAAAUGAGAGUAAUUACUUACGAGCACAAAUUGCCAGAAUUUCAGCAGGGACUCAGGUCAGCCCUCUAGGAUUCUAUCAUUUUGGUGAAGAAGAAGGAGAAGAGGAGGAAGAAACAGAAGGCAGGCGAGACAGCUUUGAAGAAAACCCUGAUUUUGAAGGAAUCCAAGUGAUUGAUCUAGUGGACUCCCUAUCCAAUUGGGUUCAUCAUGUACAACAUAUACUCCCUCAGGGUCGCUGUAAUUGGUUCAACCCCAUACAAAAAAGUGAGGAGGAAGAAGCAGAAGCAGAAGCAGAAGAAGAAGAAGAAGAAGAGCCUGACUACAUAGAACAGGAAGUAGGGCCUCCUCUCUUGACACCAAUCUCUGAAGAUUUAGAGAUCCAGAAUAUACCGCCUUGGACAACACGGUUAUCCUCAAAUUUCAUUACUCAAUAUGCUAUUGCAGUCCUUAGAUCCAACCUUUGGACUGGAGCAUAUGCCUUUUCCAAUGGCAAAAAGUUUGAAAAUUUCUACAUAGGCUGGGGUCAUAAAUACAGUCCAGACAGCUAUACACCUCCAGUUCCACCACCAGUUUAUCAAGAGUACCCCAGUGGACCAGAAAUUACAGAAAUGGAUGACCCUAGUGUGGAAGAGGAGCAGGCUUUCAGGGCUGCACAAGAAGCAGCUGUAAAUUCAACAGAGGAAAAUGAAGAAACUGAGGAAGAUGAAGAUGAGGAAGAUGACUAUGACUAAUAAAAAUAAAAUUAGCCCAGUUUUAUGAGACUGAUACACACAAACUCCUUAUUUGGGACUGAUAUAUAUAUAUAUAUAUAUAUAUAUAUAUACACACACACACACACACACAUAUACAUAUAGUUGCCUAUAUAUAUAUAUAUAUAUAUAUA